ACAAUUUCAAAAAUUUAUCCAACAAAAUACAAAAGAUCUGAUAAUAAAUGGAUACCUCAACAUUGAACUUAUCUUCUUUAAAAGACAAGGUUUCCUUGAAGUUAAACAAGCUGGGGGUCAAUGCUUUAAAACCACAGAAAAAUAAGAAAAAAGAACAAAACUCAAAGAAUAUUAAUAAAGCUAAAAAGAACUCAGAACAAAAAAAAAUUGAGAAUAAAAAAACAGAGCAAAAAAUUCAGGGAAAAAAAAAUAACAAUAAAAGUUUUGACAAUAACAAUAGAGGUUUUGACAAUAGCUAUAAACCAAGAAAUUUUCAAAGCUCAAAAUCAGCAAAUAAUGAAAAAAAAUUUGGUGAUAAAAAUAACAAAGAAUCAGCAAAUGAUAUUCGACAGGAAAAAUCAAAGAGGUCUUUCAUAAGCGAGCAAAUUAAAAGUUCUUUAAAUAUUCCUCUAAAUGAAUUGAUGUUUCCAAAAGGUUCGGAGUGGUAUAAUGCUGAAAUUGAAUUACCUGAUUACAAUUCUGAUAAUAGUAAUCCAUCAAAGGAGCUCAUUACCAACUUAUAUCUUAAAGCAAAAGAAUUAACGGAAAUAGACAAUCAGACAUACUAUAAUGAAUUUACAAAAUCAUCUUCUCAAAAAAAAUUCUUUGCAGAUAUUAUGAAGAGUGGUACUCUCAAUGAUAAAAUUUCUUCAUUAACGUUGAUGGUUCAAGAGUCGCCUGUUCAUAAUAUGAAAUCACUAACCACAUUGAUAGGCUAUUGUUCUAAAAAAUCGAGAAAUGCUGCCGUUGAAAGUAUUAAUUCGUUGAAGGAUUUACUAAUAAACUGUCUAUUGCCAAAUACUAGAAAAUUACAAUAUUUCAAAAAUCAACCAUUAAGUGAAUCUCUUAGCAACCAACAAUUGAUUUUAUUUUAUUUUGAAGAUUAUUUGAAAAAAAGUUAUUUUGAAUUGAUGGGUUUCUUUGAAAGAUUAUUAAACGAUCCAGUUCUUUUUGUUAGAAUGAACAUUAUUUCAACCGUAUUUGAUUUGUUAAAAGCUAAACCUGAACAAGAAGCCAAUUUAUUAAAAUUGGGUAUUAAUAAAUUAGGUGAUACAGAAAAGAAAGUCUCAGCAAAGACUUCCUUUGAAAUAUUGAAGUUAGAACAACAACAUCCUGCUAUGAAACAAAUUAUUAUUAAUUCUGUUAUUGAUUCAUUAAGCAAAUCAACUACUGAUUAUCAUACGAAAUAUUACUCUAUUUUAACUCUUAAUCAAACAAUUUUGACUAAUAAAGAACCGGAGUUAGCUAAUUCGUUAGUGAAAAUUUAUUUUGCUUUAUUUGAACAAUUAUUAUACGAUUAUCAAAAAGAGAAAGAUGUUGAAGAUGAAAACAGCAAAAUUCUUGGAAAAAUAGACGAUAAUAAUUCAAGACAUAAAAAUAGAAAGCAUGUCAAAAGAGGUAAAAAGGGAGGAAAAUCGGUUAAAGUUCAAGAAAAAACAGAAAAUGAAAUACUUGAAGAGAAAAACAGUAAAUUGUUUUCAGCAUUGUUGUCAGGAUUAAAUAGAUCAUUUCCAUUUUGUCAGUUAUCGGUUGAAAUUUUUGAUAAACAUAUUGAAACAUUAUAUAAGAUAUCACAUUCAGCAGUUAAUUUUAACUCUACACUUCAAGCAUUAGUUUUAAUCUAUCAUAUUUGUUCAACAAGGGAUUUAAAACUUGACAGAUAUUACAAGGUGUUAUAUGAAACAUUACUACAUCCAAAGUUGGUUAAUUAUUCCAAACAAACACUUUAUUUAAAUUUAUUGUAUAAAUCGUUAAAGAAUGAUAAAAACAAGUCAAGGGUGAUAUCAUUUGUUAAAAGGAUUUUGCAAGUUUGUUUCAAUUGGUUAAAUUAUGGGGCAGUGACUGGAAUGUUAUUUUUAUUGAUGGAGUUAUCCAAAUCUAUACCUGAAAUAGAAGAUAUUCUUAUCAAUGGGUAUAAAAAAGGAGAAAAUAAAAAGGAGAAUGGAACUGAAAAUGAAAAUGAUGAAAAGGAUAAACCAAGAGAUGAUAUUUACGAUGCAUUUAAAAGAGAUCCAAGGUUUUCCAAUGGUGAUAAAGCAGGAUUAUGGGAAUUGAGUGAGUUUGUGAAUCAUUAUCAUCCAUCUGUUAGGUUAUAUGCCUCAUCAUUUUUGAAAGGAGAAAAGCAGAUGAAGCCGGAAUUGAAUUUGUUUACAUUGAGUCAUUUUCUCGAUAGAUUUGUUUACAAGAAUCCCAAACAGAAAAGUGUUGGUAAAAGUCAAUCGAUUAUGCAACCAAUUGGUGGAUUUCAAUCUGGGUCAUUAUUGGCUAAGGAAUAUGUGGGUGAAAGUAAUACGAAAACUGGAGAAAAACCGGCCAAUAUUGAAAAUUGGCUAGUUAAAAAAAUUGAAGAGAUUAAACCAGAUGAAAAGUUCUUUUAUGAGUAUUUUAAGAUUAAACAAGCUGCAGAACCAGUUAAAAAUGGUAAAAAAAAGAAAAAGGAGGAAGAUGAUGAAGAUGAUGAAGAUAAAAAGGAAGAAGUUGAUGAGGAUGGUUUGAAUGAUGGCGAUGUUUGGAAAGCAUUGGUUUCAUCGCAUCCAGAUAUCGACGGAGAUGGUGUAAGUGAUUUUGAUGAUUUUGAUGACUUUGACGACUUUGAUGAAAAAGAUUUUAUUUCAGAUGGUGAUGCAGAAGAGGGUGAAAAUAUCGAAGAAGAAGAGUCUGAAAAUGAAAGUGAAAGUGAAGAUGAAGAACAUAAGUUUAAGACAUCACACUUGAAAACCAUUGGGUUUGAUGAAUUUGAAACUUCUGAAAAAAAAGAAGAUGACAGUCAAGAAGAAGAAGAAGAAGAAGAAGAAGAAAAAGAAGAAGAAGAUGAUGAUGAUGAUGAUGAUGAUGAUGAAGAUGAUAAUGAAUAUGGCAGUCAAGAAGAUGGCAAUGAAGAUGAUGAGAGUGAUUUCGAAGAAUUUGAAAAGGGAUUCAUGGAAAUAGAUUCAGAAGAUGAAGUAUCUACAGAUUACUCCGACUUUGAGGAUCAAGAAGAAGAAAAAGAAGCACUAGCUAGAGCAGUGAGCCAAAAAAAGAGAAGUCUUGGUGACAAAAAGUCUAAAGAAGCAAAUGAACGAAAAAGCAAGAAAAGAAAGAUCAAAGACCUUCCCAUAUUUGCUUCUGCAGACGAUUACGCUGAAUACUUGCAAUCGGAUGACGAAUAGGCAGGGCUUUGUUUAUACUUGUUUGUAUGAAAUAAAUUACAAAAUUAGACAGCAGAGGCAGCAUGAGCAGCACGUGCGGUUCGGCCGUUUUGACUGCGACAA